CCCUCCUUUAUCAUUCCCCCCCACGUUGUCUUAUCAUUCAUCUCCGUGUUUCGCUGUAGUUUCUGCGUGUCACUCGAAUUAUAUUCGUUGCGUGUGUCCGCUCUUAUCCAUUUGACAUACGACAAUCCGGAUUUGACCAACACCACAGACAACUAACUAGCCAGCCAGCAAAUAUUUCUCUCUCUCUCUACAAUCAUGGAAGGGGAUGCCGAUGUACCGACUGUUGACGAUGUAAUGAAAGCUGCUUCCAAAGCUAUGGGAGUGCCUUUACGCCCGAAAGUCCAGGGUACCAUCAUACCAGAUCCAAGUUUCAACGCUGAUGACUGCGCUGACAGGCUACAAGCGACUAUGAAAGGACUUGGGACAAAAGACAGGAAACUGAUUGAGAUUCUGACUAAGCAUACAUGUGAACAGAGGCAGGAGAUUGAGAAGAGUUACAAUGCAAGACUCGGGGUGCUUCGUGAUGACAUUGAUUCUGACCUUAGUGGUCACUACAAGGACAUGUGUCUCUCCCUUUUGGACCCCUUUAUAACGUAUGACUGCAAGGAACUCAACCGAGCUGUCAGAAGACUGGGAACAGAUGAAAGCACACUUGUGGAGAUCUUGUUUACCCGAAGCAACGAAAACCUGGGAAAGAUUAAGGAAGAAUACGAGAAAACGUAUGGUACAACCCUUGAAAUGGACGUUGCUUCUGACACCAGUGGAGAUUUCCAGGAUCUGUUGAAGUUACAAAUGGAAGCCCAGAGGGACGAGACAUACAAAGUGCAGAAAGAACAGGCUAGGCAAGAUGCACAGGAGCUGUACGCUGCUGGUGAGAAGCGUUUUGGUACCAGUGAACGCAGGUUCAACAAUAUCUUCUGUAAACGCAGUUUUUUCCACCUGAAAUACGUGUGCGAAUAUUAUACAGAGAUCGCUGGGCACGACAUUGAAGAGGCUGUGAAGAGUGAGACAAGUGGAGACCUUAAGUCUGCCUACCUCGACAUUGUUCGUAUGUCCCGCAGUCUGCCUGGAUACUUUGCCUACCGUCUCAACAAAAGUAUGAAAGGUUUGGGUACCAAAGACCUUAACCUCAUAAGGUUGUUAGUUAGUCGAAGUGAGAUCGACAUGGUCCAAAUCAGAGAGGAGUACGAAAAGAUGUUCGACGAGACCCUUGCCACGGCCAUCCAGGGGGAGGCAAUGGGUGAUUACGAGGAGGUGCUGUUAGCUUUGAUUGGACAUAGGGCGUAACCUGGAUGCGGCCUCAUGGGGUAAAGCAAAUCCCAACCACUACUACCAUCAAUAUUAUUGUUACAUCUGUUACUGCUACUACUACUACUACUGCUAUUAAUAAAUAAAUUCAUAAAUAUAUAUAUAUAUAUAUAGACAGCUUUUUCUAUGUUGAGGUGCCUUUGGCUUCGAUUGGACACAGGGUGUGACCUGAACACAGCUUAAUGGACUGAGCAGGCAUAUCCAAUCACCACCAUUACUAAUUCUAUUGCUCUUAAUAUAUAUAUAUAUAUGUUACAGCUUUUUCUAUAUUAAGGUGCCUUUUGCUUCGACUGAACACAGGGUGUGACCUGCAUGCAGCCUAAUAAACUGAGCAGGCAUAUCCCGUGCACCACCACUAACACUAUUGCAUAUACUCUAUAACGCAUAUAUUCUACAACGCAGCAGUGACAUUGGCUUUUCAGUGGACAAUGGCUGUGACCUGGAAGCAGCCUGGUGGACUGGGCAGGCCUUACCUACGAUGACCACCACUAUCAUCAUUACUGCUACUACGGUCUGCUAUUUCAUACACUGCAGUUUCUCCUGUUACGAGGUGGCGUUGGUGCUUAUUAGACUCAGGGUGUGACCUAUGCGGCCUAAUGGACUGAGGCAUCCGACCACCAUCACCUCUAUCUAUAUUACUGCCACUACUACUACUACUACUACUACUACCACCACCACACCACCAUUACUACUACUAUUGCCAAUACUACUACUACUACUACUACUACUGCCACUACUACUACUACUAUUACUACUGCCACUACUACUACUACUACCACUACUGCCACUACUACUACUACUACCACUACUACCACUACUACUACUACUACUACUACUACUAUUACAGCCUCCUUUUAUAGUUUCAGAGAAGCUUAAUUAAACGCAACAUAGCAAAAUUAUUAAUGCUGAACAGGGUCUGGCAAUGGGGUUGGCAGAAUCGGUAGAGCGUCGCAGGUUAUUCGGUUGUAAACCCUAAAUGCUUUGAGUUCAAAUCCUGUUGAUGUCAGCAGUGACCCAUACAUGCCGCUUGCUGGGCAAUACACAGUAUGACUAAAACCCUGUUGUGGAGUAACAUCACUUAUUUUUCAUCCCGAUUCAGUGUUUAUUAGGUUUAAAUUCGUUCAGAUUGGGUGCGGGUUGGAUCUUCAUAUCAUUAAAACUAUCAAACCUAAAUGGGAUACUUUGCUAUGUUGUAGAAUCACCUAUCCUGCUAGUGCUAAGCAAACGAAUGAUUGAUUAUCUAGUUAACACAAAAGCAGAUGGUAGUGGCAGGAGCUUUGUUGCAUAUUCAGAAAUUAUUAACCUUGUAAGUGAUAGACACAGAGGUUUUUUUCGUCCUUUUAGUGGUUGCUUUGCAUGUUUCUCUAUAACGCUGAUUUAUAAAUUAGAAAAUUACUAUUUUUAAAUCUCACAAUGUGAGAUAUUCAGCAACAGUACUUUCAAGUAAAGAUUGUUUGCCAACAUAACAUGGCAGUCCUGGUUUAGGACGAAUGUUGCUGUAAUUUAGCCCCAGGAGACAUCGUCUCCAGCUGGCUAUACAACAUGAUCUGUGUCCUUAUAUUUUCGAACAAGGGAAUUUGGCAGCGCCACCUCUAGCCAAACAAUUAUUCUGUGCUGCUGAAGGGAAAUAACCCGGAAAUUGCGAUGUGCAGAUAUUGUUUUGAGCUGAGUGGGGGUGCUAGAUUCCUUUGUUCGAAGAUAUAAGGACACAGAUCGUGUCGUAUAGCCAGCUGGAGACGAUGUCUCCUGGGGCUAAAUUACAGUAACAUUAGUCCUAAACCAGGACUACUAUGUUAUGUUGGCAAACAAUCUUUACUACACUGCUUAUAAUGUCUAAUAUCAAUCAUGCACAUUAAAAUAUUGGAAGUUAAUCCAAUACUUCUAUAUUGUCAAACACGCAGCUGGAAUACAAAAGAUCAGGUUACAGAAGUUUUCAUUAUUUGACAGCCAUAUUUUCUUUUACAAACAUCGAAUGCGAAACGAAGGAAACUGACUCUGUAUUUCAUAACCAUCUUAAAUGUUGAUCGAUGUUAAUUUUUCAAAGGUUAUUUAUACAAAGUUGAAUUGUUUUUGAAUAAAAUCAUUUGUGUUGUAAUA